GUAGAUCAUGACUGUUUCAUUAAAUAAACAUCGAGAAAAAGACAAUUCCAUUUGUAACAUAAAGGAAAAGAGGACUUAUCCAAUCAUUCAUCCCACUUCUGAUGCUCCAUUAUGUUCAAGUUGUGAACAAUUAGAAUUGCCUUUUUUUGAUCCUAGUUGCCCAGGAUGUAUGGAAAUCCUUAAAAAUCAGAACACUUCAAUAAGUCAGAUAUUUGCCAUAAUUCGACAAUGGAUGCCACAAACCCAACAAAAUAUUCAAGUUCUUGUAAAUGAGAUAUUAAAACGUGGUGCUCAUGUGGAUGAUAGAGAUGGCUUAACUGACAUGACAAUCUUGCAAUAUGCUUGUAAAGCUGGAGCAAUUGGUGUUGGUGAUGCUUACAUGGCAACAGAAACAGUUAAGAUGAUGUUAGAUAAAGGAGCAGAUACACGGCUGAAGUGUAGAUGGACUGAUAUGACUGCUCUCCAUUAUGCUGUUUAUUUUGAUGUUGUACCAGUCUUGGAAGUUCUCCUAGAAACUGAUAAAAACAUAGAUAUCAACAUUCCAUGCCAAGAAUUUGAUGGUGGAACAUCGCUUCAUAUUGCAGCAUAUAAUUUGUGUGUCGAAGCUACAAAAAUCCUUAUAAAAUAUGGUGCUGAUGUAAAUAUAAAAGAUGAUUUUAAAAGAACUCCUUAUGAUUGUAUUCCACAAAUUUCUGAGGUAGAGAGUAUGUCUGAUGUCGUAGAUAUUAUUUGUCAUUUGAGAAAAUUACUUCAAAAUAAAAUUCAAUAUUCUGAAUAUGAUUUAGUAGAUUAUAGCAAUAUUACUGGCAGAACUGUUUUAAAAUCUUUAAGACUGAAACUUGGUGACAAAGUUAUAGUAGGAGGAGCAAAGGUUGGUAUUCUUAGAUAUUGUGGCACAACAAAAUUUGCACCUGGUAUAUGGGCAGGUGUUGAAUUAGAAGAGCCAUUAGGGAAAAAUAAUGGCACAAUAGAAGAAGUUACAUACUUCAGGUGUUCUCCGUGUCAUGGCAUUUUUGCUCCAAUUUCAAAGAUUUGUAAAUAUAGUGUGUUAAAAUCAAAUUUAAAAACAAAUGUCUACCAUCGAUCUUUAUUGCCACGACAUAUCAAUCAUCCGAGGAUCGAUAUUUCUCGGAUAACUUCAAAGAUUGAGACAGGUCUUUCCUCUAUUAAGUCUCAAUCAGAAGCUGCAAUUGGUGAUAGGGUUUAUGUAAGUGGAAGAAGUGGAACAAUUAAAUACAUUGGUGAAACAAAAUUUGCUUUGGGUAUAUGGUAUGGAAUAGAACUUGAUAAACCAGAAGGUAAGAAUGAUGGUUGUAUUCAUGGUAUAAAAUAUUUUACUUGCAAACCACACCAUGGUUUGUUUGUUUCUCAUGCUAAAAUAACAAAAUACAGUACAUCAAGACGAUCAGAUAGUGUUUCAGAUCACAGUUCAUCUGUUAAUUUAAAUUUGAGUAAUAGCAGGAGUUCAACAGAUGGUGAAAAUGAAAUGUCAAGUCUAGAAUCUCAGCAUUCUACAAGAUCUAUGAAACACAAAAGGUCUUAUGCAAAUACUACAAAUCUCAACAAAGAUUGUUGGUUGGCUAUCGGAACAAAUAUUUUUGUUAAAAAUGAAAUUGCGACUGUUAGAUACAUUGGAAAUGUGGAAUUUGCAAGCGGAAUAUGGCUCGGAGUAGAACUUCGAAAACCCAAAGGCAAAAAUGACGGCAGCGUUCAGGGCCAUCGAUAUUUUUCCUGCAAGCCCAAUCAUGGUCUGAUGGUGCGGCCGAAUCGCGUCACCGUCAGAGGAAUAAAUGGAUCAAAGUUGCUCGAUAAUUUUAAUAAAUGAAUUAUAUACAGCUUAAAUUAAGCCUAACAUAUUUUAUAAUAGUUUUGUAAAACAUUAAAUGUUACGGACAUCUACUUCCUUAUUAUAAAUAGGGGAUUUGAUCAGAUAGAUCCAAACUGUGAUAUUUUUACUUCUAUAAUUCUAUUAAUUUAUGUAUAUUUUCUUCCUUGUUUUGAAAAUUUAAAAAACUAUUUAAUAUGUAAAUUGAGACUUACUAUUUUCUGGUAAAUAAAAGUUCUUGUUAUUAAAAUUGUAUGAAAAAUACA